AUGGCUUGGAGAAACAACAUGCUGAAGAAGAGUCCGACGUUCAUGUUCUGGGAUCUGAUCAUGAGAUAUGAAACCCUCAUUCUCAUCUUCAUAAGGGCACACAGAGAGCAGAAUUUCCUACUGUAUGUAGAAGUGCUUGAAGAACUGGCCCCUCUAUUCUUUGCCUUGGACCAUGUGAACUAUUCAAGAUGGUUGCCUGUCCAUAUCAGGGACAUGAAGUCUUUGCCCGACUCUAUCAAGGACGAGUUUGAGAAGAAUUCUCACUGGGUUCUUUCAAAGACAUCUAACAGGUUUUCUGCAAUCCCACUGGACCAAGCUCAUGAACAAGAGAACAAGAAUGUGAAAGGUUCAGGUGGUGCGGUUGGCCUCACAGAAAAUCCAACUGCCUUCAGAAGAUGGAUGCUCACAGGCCCAGAAAUGGCAAGAUUGAUAAAGGAAUUUGAAGAGGAAUAUCUCCAAGAUGACAAAGAGAGCUUACAGCACCAUGAGCAGGGUCUUGGCACACAGAAGACAUUCCAGAGACAGGUCAACAGUCUGUCAGAUACCAUAAGGCGUAUGGGAAACCCUUUCCUGGAUGUCUUCGAGGAACUUGUGACUCUUGAUAGUCGCAACUGCGCAGAUAAAUUAGUCGCAAAUACCAUGCUCAUCCUGGAGGACACAGGGAAGAGACAAUAUCAGGAGUUUGUCAAGAAGGUGCUUGAUGAACGCACACAAUCUAUCCAUGAUCCGAUUAAAAGGAAUUCCUUGGCAGUCUUCAGGCAACCUAGACGCAAGACAAUGUCUAAAGAUGGGAAAAAGAUUAAAGUGCUUCAGAACAACGUGGCACUCUUUGGCCAGCUAUAUGUAGCUAUGCAGAGCCGUGAGAGUAAUUUGGAUGAAUUCUUUACACAUGAGGUGCAGUCCUUCCCUCCAUCUCUCUCAGACUUUGGAAAACUUCAUCUGACAGGCACCAAAUCAGACCUGCUACAAUGUCUUGAGCAGCCAGCACAAUCAGAGCCACCCUCAACCUAUGACUUCAAAGUCCUAGAUGGGGCAGUAAUUGUCCACUGCCUGCCCACUAUUAGAGUGAGCACGUUUGAUGCUUAUGCAAAUGAGGUUUUCAUCCCCUACCUGCAGAAGCAGCUGCAGGAUCCAAAACGAUUGGAUGUUGUAUGGGACACGUACAUCCCUGACAGCUUGAAGGAGUCCACCCGAGAAAAAAGAGGACGUGGUGUUCGCAGGAAAGUGUCAGGCCCGACAAAGUUGCCAGGCAACUGGAUGGACUUUCUUCGCGACCCAAUCAACAAGAAGGAGUUGUUUGAUUUCUUGACAUCCAAGAUCCAAGAGUUCAGCUGGCCACCAACCAAAGCUGUGUAUGUCACAUCGGGGCAAGCGGUGUCAGGACAAGCUUUUGGUUCCACUAGCAUGAUGGACUGUUGCAACCAUGAGGAGGCAGACACAAGGAUAGUGGUCCAUCUACAAUGCGCAUUGAAGGAGGGAGCAAAGACAGUUCUUGUGCGAACUGUGGACACUGAUGUCAUCGUGAUCCUUGCUGGUUUAUUUUAUGAUUUGGUGGUGCUUCAACCAUUGACUGACAUCUGGGUGGCUUUUGGCAUGGGAAAAAGGUUCAGAUAUUACCACAUAAACCACAUCUGCAAAAGCCUGGGGGAACCCAAAUCACAAGGUCUGCUUAUGUUCCACGCAUAUUCAGGUUGUGACACAACAUCUGCAUUUAACGGAAAAGGCAAGAAGUCAGCUUGGAGGGCCUGGCAAGCCUAUGAUGCUGCUACAGAAACAUUUAUGUAUCUGGCAAAGCAUCCAUUCCAGGAACUAAAAGUUGACUCUGAGCAUUUCCAGACACUUGAGAGGCUGACUGUGAUCCUGUACAACAGAUCCAGUCCUUUGAACUCCAUCAGUCAAACAAGGAAGGAACUCUUCUGUCAAGACAGUCGGCCGAUGGAGAGAUUACCUCCCACGCAGGAUGCCCUACUCCAGCAUGUAAAACGGGCUGUGUUUCAGGCAGGAAUCUGGGCAACCAGCACAGACACACAGCAAGUGAUUCCUUCUCCAAAGGACUUUGGAUGGACCAAGGACGAAACAGGGUCAUGGGUUCCAGUUUGGAUAACCAUUCCCGAGGUCUCCAUUGCCUGCAGAGAGCUGAUAAAAUGCUCAUGUAAAGGUGACUGUUCCAGCUGUAAAUGCAGCAAUGCUAAUAUUGACUGUUCUCCACUUUGCAAAUGCAACUGCUGCAAAUAGACACCAGAUUACUUCAUAGUGUAGUAAGAAGAGUCAUCCAGGCCAUUGGUCCUCAGCCCCCAUGCUGAUCAUGUGCACCAGCUGACUUGCCCCUUUAAUUUAUUUUUGGCCUCAAUCAGAGUUCUAACAUUAUAAUUGCAUUAAAGGUUUUAUGGAUAAUACUUCAUGUGCUGGGUCUUGAAUCAUCAUCUGAAAAUGAUACUUUUUGCUAUUUCCGUCCAUAAUGAGGCCUUAUUUGAAAGCCAAAUGGUUCAUAAUGGAAUCAAAUAUUGGCAUUCUGGCUGUUCUGGGAUGUGAAGACACUACCUGUAGACACCCUGUGCAAGUAUGAUGUAAAAACUAGCAGCAGGAGGACACAUGACAAGAAUUAGUCCUUUUUUAGUAUAGGCGUUUUUUGCAGUUAUUGAUCAAAAUAACUUAUGUGCACUAUAAAGGUAUUUUCAAUAUUUAAGUUUGAGUACCCUUCUAAAAUCCUUCAGUAGGUCAUAAAGAAGGCCCAUAAAAAAUUUGGCGCUUUUAUCCGCUCCGUAACGGUAAUGUCACUAAGCCAC